UGCCGUUUCGAGCGACGUUGAAAAAGUGAGGCGACAGUGAAGUGAUGUGUGGGGCCGCGCUCCGAGCUUACUUGACACCGGCACGCCGGGUACUGACGCGCCAGGCAUCGACCGUUGCCGGCGGCAGCGACAACAUUGCGACCUUCGCUGCAGGCUGCUUCUGGAGCGUCGAGCUCAGCUUCCAGCGCAUCCCCGGCGUCCUCGAGACGCACGUCGGCUACACGAAUGGGCAAAAGACCAACCCGACGUACACUGAGGUGUGCACGGGCAAGACGGGCCACGCCGAGGCGGUUCGCGUCAAGUUUGACCCGGCUAUUGUGAGCUACGACGCGCUCCUCGACAAGUUCUGGUCCAUCCACGACCCAACGACACUCAACCAGCAAAAGAACGACGUUGGCACGCAAUACCGGUCCGGUAUUUACUACCAUAACGAUGCGCAAAAGGCGCUCGCGCUGGCUUGCAAGGCCUCCGCGCAGCCACGCUUUCACCGACCGAUUGUCACCGAAGUCGUCGCCGCCGAAACGUUUUACGUUGCCGAGGACUAUCACCAGCGGUACUUGGAAAAGGGUGGGCAGUGCGCGCGCAAGGGCUCAACCGACGCCAUUCGCUGCUACGGCUAAACCCGCCGUGGCAGUAAUUCCAUAAAAGGUCAAUGAUACGAGCCAAAAUUAAUCCUUGAUGGAGAGACUUGGUCUCCGUGAAAGACA